AUGUCCAAAUUCGUGCAACCGCCUCAACCACCGCGGCAGAAAAUACCUAAAGAUGGCCCCGGACCUAGAGGAGCUCCUGAUUGUUAUUAUACGUCAAGAGUUCUGAAUUCCACAUUUCGCUACGUGAAAUUCGUGAAAAAACUCCGAGCUCUAGAGGAGGACCAAAGAAAAGGCGCUGAAAAUAAGUUAAAAGAACUCAAAGAUCAACAAAACAGUGACUUCUUUAUAAGAUGUGAUCGAAGAUCUCUAAUAAACAACGUGGCGCGUCGCGUGGAUCUCUGCAUGGCGUCAUAUGAAGAUGAUUUGAAGGAAAAAAGGAAAAGACUAAUAGAUUUAUACCAGCGAGAGGAAGAAGACAACAUUCGCAAGUUCGUGGAACAGGCCCAGGCUGGCGCGGAGGCUGUGUGGAACGACAAGAUGAACCGGCUGCAGUACUUGUUGGAGAAACGAAAGAAGGAGCACGAGGAGAAAUAUAAGGAUACACCUCUAUCCAAAUGCGUGCACGUCCUCCCCUGUAUAUACAAACUCCGAGCCAAGGAAGCUGAGGAAAUACAAUUGUAUCAAAUGCGAGAGAAGCAAGCGAGGAAAAUGGCUGAAAUUGAACUCGACAAAAUGUGGCACGAGGUCGCCAUGAGGGAGGCCGACGCUUUGGCUGCUAGAAUGGAACAAGAUGCCAUCGAACGUUUAAGAAGAGACCUUGACUGUAAAGAAUAUACAGAUUAUCAGCUGGAGCAAAGAAGAAUACAGAGAGAGAAGGAAAGGGAGAUGCUGAUACAAGAAGCCAAGAGAUUCAAAGCUAUCUGGGAUGAAGAUAUAAGGAAAGAGCAGGAAGCUGAACGUCAAGCGGCAGAGAGGAGGAAAGAAACAGCUGUAGAAAGAAAGAAGAUGAUUGAGGAGAAGCAACAGCUACAAGCUGAUAUGAAAGAACAAGAAAAGAAAGUUAAUGACACGUGGGACGCACUCGCGGGACAAGGAAGAGAGAAAGAGAUUGAGAUGAUGGAGUUGAGAAAGAGAAAAGAGAGAGAACUAGAUAUAUGCAACAAGAAUAUCAUAGAACUAAAGAAGCAGUACGCUGAGUGGGAGAAGACUAGUGAGGCUCCCUUAGCAGAAGAAGCGAGAAGGAGACAGGAGUAUAUGGAUAGUAAGAGAUGCGAAUACCUUAGUUGGGCGCAGAAGACUAAUAAGGAAGUUCGUGAAGCGAUGGUGGAUCAAAUAAAAGAGCGUCAGGAAGCUAGGGAGAAGUUGAAACAGAAGAUUGCUGAACAAGACGAGUACCAUAGACAGCUGUUCGGACAGCUGCAACAGUUGGUUGACCAUAAACAAGUAACAGACGCACAGAAAAGAAAAGAACACCAAAGGAAUCUAUUAGACCAAAUAGAAUACAACAAGAUGUUAAAGGAGCGUGCACGUCAAGAAGAAUUGGAACAAAUAAAGAAAUGCCAACUGGCCACAGAAGAAUACCAACAAGAAAUAAAUAGAAUGCUUUGCAGGCCAUUCUUCAGCGACGAAAUACAUCCGUUUAUGAAGCAAAUGGCCAAGGGACUUAAGAUGAAGGAAAAAUGUCCGUGUUCCAAACCUGAUUAUUGCAAAUAGUUUUGUUAUUAUAUAUUAUAAUUUUUAUUGAUAUAAAAUUUUACGUUUAAUAAAUUAUUUUUUAUAAA